UUCAUCCCAAACGGAUAUAAAGUGUCGAUCAUCGAUCCAUAACUUAAUAACAUCAAGCUAAGUAAAGAUCCAGUAUGCACUGUGUUCGAAUAGUAGUGCUACUGUUGUUUCUCUCAAUAUCAAGCAGCCUGGAGAAAAAGGAUGACAACUAUAGGAUGUUUAUAAAGGAGCUCCAUGGGAUUUUUCGGAAUAGGAUACUUCCUUCUGAUUAUGGCUUAAAUAUUACCAAGUUCGUCCCAAAGAAAGGAUACCUGCUAGAAUCUCAUGAAGUAACAACAGAAGACGGAUACAUUCUAACUCUGCAUAGAAUUCCUUAUGGGAGAAACCAUAGUAAGGGUGACAACCAGGUUAGACCACCCGUUUUAUUGAUGCACGGCUUUUUGAUGUCCUCCAUGGACUGGGUUUAUCUGGGUCCUGAUAAGUCAUUGGGGUUGUUAUUGGCUGAUGCUGGAUACGAUGUCUGGAUGGGCAACGUUAGAGGCACCACUUGGUCUAGGAAACACGUUAAGCUGGAUCCUGAUAAGGACAAGGAGUUUUGGGAAUUCUCGUUUCACGAGCACGGCUACUACGACAUUCCUGCAUGUAUUGAUUAUAUACUAAAUAUGACCAACCAGUCGCAAUUAUACUACAUAGGACAUUCCCAAGGUACCACUGAACUGUUCGUUUUAACAAGUAUGAGACCCGAAUACAACAACAAAAUUAAACACGGAAUAGCUUUGGCUCCCGUAGCCUAUAUGACCGACGCAAGGAGUCAGGUCGUCGAUCUAGUGGUCAAGUUUGAAGACCGACUAAAGGUGCUAUUUAAUAUAUUCAAUGUGCACGAAGUCCUUGCUUCCAGUAGAUGGAUGAAAGCAGCUGGUAGAUUGCUUUGCGCAGAUGGAUCGCCAUUUCAAGAAAUAUGUCCAAUGCUGUUGUUCAGCAUCUGUGGAUAUGAUUAUCCUCAGCUCAAUAAGACAUUUCUACCAACUUUGAUCUUUAACAGCCCUUCCGGAACUUCAGUUAAAAACCUGGAACACUUCUACGUACUAAUAUCCUCAGGUAAAUUCACACAAUUCGACUAUGGAAGGGAAGAGAAUUUAGGAAGAUAUAAUUCUACCACACCGUCAGAAUACGAUUUAUCCCGAAUUACCGCUCCGAUAACAAUGUAUAUUUCGCAGAAUGACUAUCUUUCAUCUGUGAAGGAUGUUGAAACGCUAUCCCAAAAGGUGAAGAAUUCUGAAGUCCGUCAUGUGAAGUACAGAGGGUUCAACCAUUUGGAUUAUGUAAUCGCCAAAGAUGUGGACAUAAUAAUCAACAAUGAGCUGAUAGACUUUUUGAAUUUAGUUAGAAACAAAACUGCCAAUAAUGAAGCUCGGUAUUGUACAGUAUCGACUGCACUAAUGAUUGCUGUGACAUCAAUUCAUGGAACUAUUUACUAUGAUUUAUAUUAAACUACUUCACUAAAUAGUUAUAAAAUAUUAAAAGUUGCCUUUUGGUGGUAAACAUCGAUGUGUGAUUCAACUUUCCGCCACGCUUUACAAAGCACCGGCCGCUAUUACAAACCAGAGUUGACAUUUACUGCAUUUUCAGUGCACUAACAGGCCCUAUGAUGAGCGACUUGUUUAGUAUUAGUAGGAGCAUAGUGUAUAAGGGUCAAAACUAAAGUUCCACGUCCUGACCUGGCGGGUCAUAUAUCUCAUAUCAAGGGCGUACCCAGGGGGGGCAACGUGGACUGCUGCCCAACAUUUCUUACAAAAAUUAAAUUAUUCAUGUACAGGGUUCUUCACAAGCUGAAUCAAUAUCUAUUAAAUGAGAAAUUACUAGAAUUAGUUGAAACCACACGAUCAGUAUUUACUGUGGUCCGUGUACCAUCAGUGGAUUUCUGCGUAACAUUUCGCAUCAAUAAUUACUGACGGUCACUCAGGAUAAAUAUACGACGCAUAGUACCUUAUCGGGACAAGUUGCGAAGGUAAAAAAAAAUGAAACAUGAACAGUUUUGAAAUUCAAAGUAUUUUCGAAUUUACUCUAAGUCGUUUUUUUCCUGGAUUUAGUCCGAAACAAAACUUAUCAAACAUCCACAUUAUCUACAAAUUUCAAACAAAUGAAUCAACACCAUUACCACUUUUUCUUUUCUACGCGGUGGUAGAGUAAAGUUGGUGAAUGUGGAAUAGGCAGGUAUUGUGAAAUAGUCAAAUAUCUCCAAAACCAGUAGCGACACCUGCAGUUCCAUGGCAUUGUUUACUCUUGUAUCAGUAGCGUAACUAUCUAAUACAAGCUGUUUUAUCGAUUAAGGAGCAUAACCUCAAAAAAGUUGGUGAAACCGGUAAACGUGAAUAUUGAAACAUUGGACUGGCUGCCAUUUUUUUGGAUUUCUAGGAAAAGUACAACUUUGUUCUAAUAAUUACUAUUUGUUGUUAAGCCUCAGAUACAUGCAUUAUCAAAUUAUGUGUGAAUUAAUUAUCAAAUCUAUGUUUAUAGAUUCUAGCUAUAAACUUGAGAUUAAGUGAGGGUGGAAUGGUAUGGUGGAAUAUUUCCAAACAUCAACCAUACGAGUGUUCCACAUUACCGGGCCUACUGAUUAAGGAUACUGAAUUUGUUUAUGUUUUGGACUACCUGUGACUUUUUAUUUCAGAAAAUGCCUUCCAAAGAAAUAAAAGAACACAAUUGGUCAGAAAAUCAUAUGUUAUUCUACUAUUCAGCAGCAUAUUCCACAUUACCAUACUAAUUUUCCAUGGCUACAUACAUAUUACACGCCAUGCAUAAUUUCAUUUUUGCAAAUGCAUGGACUCGAAAUAUGCGAAGUAAAUUACUCCAGCGACUUGACAGAACCUCACAGAUAUCGGAACUACUUGAUUUAUUUGAAUGCCUCAAAUUAGUAUGGAAUUAUAGGCUUCAAAUGAAAAGUAUUCCACAUUCACCAACUUUACUCUAUAAUUAGAGUUUCGUUUUCCGUUUUUUUUUUUUAAAUUAUACCGUUUACGAUGUGGUCACGAUUACCCUUACAUACUCGUAAUAUAAAUGAGGUAAAUUAUAUUGUUCCUCAUUCGAUGAGUUUAGACCACCUAUAUGAAGUUAGGCAAUUGAAGUUUUAUAUCAAUGGGUAACAUGUUAUCAUCUUUGAUAUUCUAUAUGAUAAUUUAAAGGCUUACUCCAGAAUUUUCAUUUUAUAAUAAUAUAUGACAUGGCAAUAUUUUAAAAUUAAAAGCUUAUCCACCUAUGCAAAAAUGGCAUACUUAAGAAAAAUCAAAGUCGAGACGGGGGAUAAGAGACGAAACAUCGUAUUAAUGUUCUCUUUAUACCACCUUGUAGAGAUCAAAAAGGGGCAAUGUCAAUGUGCAGUUUAUUUUGAAAUCUUAGCUCAAAUAAAUCCAGGGAAAAAUAGAAACGAUUUUCUGGAGAUACUGGAAGCGUCAAAACUUUUCAAAUGCAUUUUCUAAAAUAUAUAAAUACGAAACUUUGCUACCAUCCAACCAACCCGUAACUAUUACCGUUUAGGAAAUCCCAAUAGUGAAAAUAUGAAAAAUUUGUUUUUCAAAUCAUUCUAGUAUGAACUAGUACUAGUAAUUGUAGAAAACGACAAAUAAAUAUCUACAAAGAGGAAUUAUUCCCAGGAUUAAAAAAAAAGAAUUAGUAUCAUAUGCUAUAUCCCCGGCUAUAUCAAAACUUCUACCUUUGAAGUGGCAUAUUACAAUAUACUAAAAGUUGUACGGUGUUCCAUUUAACAACAAUCGUCAUGUAGGGAGCGGUAUAUGCCAAGUAGGAAGCGUUUAGUCCAUAAUUUUGGUCAAUGCCAUUUUUGAUUUUGUUUUAUACUAAUGAAGAUAUUGUCCAAUUAGAUACUAAGAACACUCUGUAUGUCUUAAUUUGGUGCAGUAGUUACGUCGCUGGAUAGGUUGAGUGUUUUUGAAGAUUUUUUUCGUUGUUAAUCACUACAAAUACUUUAACUUUUGGCUACUAUUUCAUAUUUACUCUUUUACCCUUUUCGGCAAAAAUUAUAAUAAAAUAAUUUUUUGCAAUAACCAAUUAACUGUUGCAAUGAACUGGAUAUACCCAUUUUGAAGGUGUUUCGGAAAGGAAAAUGCACUCUUUUUUUUCGUAAAGGAGAUGGACCAUCCUAACUACCGAUACAAACAGAAUUUUGUACUCGGACCUUUAAAUUGGUCGGAUCGGCCUUUAGAUCCAUUUUUCGAUAUUUUGGACCAAAAAUGGCUAUUUUUAUGAUACAGGAAUGCGUGUCAUAUAUCAUAUCGGUCUCAAAUUUGUCUAUUUGAGGCAUGAGACUUUUAAUAUCUCAAACUCGUAGGUCGAACGGAGGCGCAAUAUGUAUCUACUUCGAUGAAUUCAAAAAUGGCUUUCAAAUUUCGAUCUGAUAAUUAGUUCGACGGAUAUUUCAGUCAAAAGUAUUUGAAGGGUACAGGGGAAAAAGGUGAGUGUCACAAAUUUGGUUUUGUACUUAGAACCGGCAACAUCUAGUCUUAACAGCAGUACAAUCCCAUGAGGAAUCGGAAACACGCAAAAACAAUGACAGUUCGUAAUUAAGCAAGUUAAAAUCAGUUGGCGCCAGUAACGUACAAAGUAGUCCUUUUUGCUGCUAGCUUGAGAUUGAAAAAUGUCACAAGUUAGAACAUCAAGAAAAUGGUAAACGGAUGAUACAAAAAUGAUUUCAGAAGUUUAUGAAGAACAUCCGUGCCUAUUAAACUACAAAAUAUAAAUUAUAUUUUUAGAUACUUGUACGAACUUUUACUGCUACUGGUUAAAAAAUAAAUAACCUACCUUUAUAUAUUCUUUAGCACUUCAUAAAUAGCAUCUAGAACUUCACUUAUAAAUUUUGAAAUACUGCUUUUAGGAACUCUAUAUGUAUAUUGCAAAGAUGCAAAUGAAUCUCCUGAUGCCAGGUCUCUUAAUAUCACUUGCAAUUUUUACACGAUCUGGUAUAGCAUCUCCCAUUCAGGUAUUUGCCUUUUGAAUUUUAUUGAAUAAAUGUUUCAAUAAAAACUCAAAUUUGUCUUGGGGCAUUCUCACAUAAUUCAAAUAAGCUUCCUUGUCUUCAAGAGCUAACUCUUUUAUCAAGCUAUAAGAUGCUCCCAACGAACCUCUACGUGAUAUCCAUGUAUGGACCCACCCCCUGUGGUUUGGUUUCUUUCUCUGCAAUAUUUUUUUUAAUUUCUGGUAUUUCUAGUGCUACAAUUUGCUCUGUAACGUUAAUACUUGCACUCACUAUUUCAUUUGAUGCCAUUUUGGAUACCACGCCAGUUUAAAAUAAUGGAACUAUGUGGAAACCGAUGCUGGUUUUAUGAAAAAAGGUGAACGUCCACUGAUCGUCACCGAAACAAUUAACCACACAUCAAUCUGCGAAGAAAGAAAUAAACGUUAAGUAAUCAUUUUUAAGCAGUUAUCACUAAUUUUGUUUGUUC